AUGGAACAGACGGUUGCACCUAAGUUGGAAGAUGUGGAUGCGAAGAGCGACAUUCGCGACUUUAUUCACUCCAUUCGUGGGCACAAAGGUCGUAUCCGCUUGACAAGCUUGACUGUCAAUGAUCUGUGCAACGAUACAACUCGUUUCCUGAUAGCGUCGCCUUCCUCGAAGCCCUGUCGACCACUGCGCAAAACUUGCCUCGAGAUCCGCGAUAUCUCGUCCAAGAAGGUUCCAUUUGACAACGAUGGCAACCAAGAGCUUCUGUGUGAGGUUCUAGAUGCGCGGCCAGGCGAAGUCGAGACACACGAGCGCGAAAAAGUACAAGAUCAAGGAAUUUGUACACAAGAAGAGUACUCUCGUUUCCGAAUUGACUUCAGUGCGGCGGAAAAUGAUUCCUCUGUGAACGUGGAUACCUCGGUAGCUCAGGCCGAUGGUGACCAUGAAUUCGAAGAGAAGAAAGACAUUGCCCAGCAAAAUGAACCAGAAAAUGACUGUGACGAGACUACACCAAACGUCAGUCCAUCAGAGAGCAGUGGCUCGCUCAAAGCUCACUUUUUGACCGAAGACGAGCUUGGUAGUGCUCAACAUGAACCGAUUCUAGUCAGCAAAGACAGCUGA